AUGCCUCUCAUCGCCCGUAGCGCCACCUCACCGUCCGCCGCCGUGACCUCCCACAGCUGCUCGCCAAGCUAUAAAAGGAGGCCUCCCCCGCUCAAAUUCGUCACACCACUCUCCUCCUCUCUUCUCACUAAUCCUCCUCGAGCACUGCCCAUUCCCAAAUCCACCCACAGAGCAUCAAUUGCACGCCGGAGCUCCGCCAGCACCACCGCAAGCUUGCCGAAGAUUGGAGCCACGCCAGGAGCUACCGCCGGUACCAGGAGCCUCGCCGUCUUCUUCCACGUCGAUCGCCACCAACCCCGACCAUCGCUGGCCACCGGUGAGCCCGCCGACCCCCUAGGUCCGCCGCUGAUAGUGUUUGCGCCCGUUGUUGACGACGACGAGCCUCGGUCGUCGAUCCGGAACUUCCGCCCGCGCCCAAUUUUUCCAAAUCUCUGGUCAAAUCCUUCUUCCUCGCUGUGCAUCUUCACUGUCUCCGCCUCGCUGCUCAGUUUCCGCCAGUGCCGCGCCCGCCUGCAGCAACCACCACCACGCCCGCACCUGCACAGCACCGCAGCGCCCACCAGCUCGCCCCCGCUCUCCAGCAACGCCACCACGCGCACGAUCUCACGAAGCAAACACCGCUCGCCCUGGCCCCAUCCUCGCUCGAUCGCCACCAACCACCGCGCCAGGCCCACGCACGCCUCACCUCCGCCCGCAGCGCUCGCGGCCAGCAGCACGCCCGCCUGGAUUUUGCUCGUGCCCCACGCCGCACGCCCAGGCCCGCACCUCCUCGCAGCACGCAAACCGCCCAGGCCACCACUGCUGCUCGCCCAUGCCCUCCGCCACCACCCGCUUGCCCGCCUCCAUGGCUACAGCACCACUCGAGCGCGCACCCGCCCCACGCCUUGCACCUGCUUCCGCACGCAACACAACCAGAUCCCAAGCCACGCAGCAGCUCGAGCCCACCCGCGCGGCAGCAGCUGCCCACCAUCCACCAGCCCCUGGCCUCAAUUCCUCUUCCAAUCCGCGCGCGCACACAGAACGUUCGAGCUCCCCCGGCCACUCCCCAGCACCAACCGCUACGCGCGCCCCACACCACAAACCCACGCGCAGCAACCGCAGCACAAGCACCUCCCGUGA